AAAGAACACAUUACGUCGGGAAAUAAAAGCAGAUAUGGAAAGGAUGAAUAGGAACUGGAAGGAGCUAGAAAGGAUUGCCCAAGACAGGGUUGAAUGGAGAAUGCUGUUGAGCGGCCAAUGCUCCUUCACGAGGAGUAACAGACGUAAAAUUAAGAAAAUGAUGUGUGUUUCAUUAUCAAGAGAAUUUUGGCAGAAAAUAUUUAUUACAUUAAAUACUUUAUUUGUUAUAUUUAACAUUAUACUACUUAUAUUAGGUAUAAUAACACAAAAUACUUUAUCAAAAUAUACAACCAUUUUAAAUACAUCAAUACCAGCUAUCAUUCCAACUAUUCUAUUUACUGGAUGUUUCGGUAUCAUAGCUGCAUUAAUUGGAUAUAUUGGAUUAUGGAAACCAAUGAAUUCAAUUGCUUUAAUACAUAUUAUUAGCUUGUGUAUUGUUACACUUAUUGAAAUUGGUAUAGCAACAACAUCAGCUGUAAUGUAUGAUCAAUUCUAUACAACUACUCAUAGUGCAUUAUUAGAUAGUGUGAAAUUCUAUUAUGAAAAACCUCAAUAUGAAAUGGAAAUGGAUCAUUUACAAAGUGAAUUUAAAUGUUGUGGAGCUGAAUCUUAUUUGGAUUAUAGAAAAUUGGGUUUGAAUAUACCAUUCUCUUGUAUCAUCGGUUAUUUAGUUUAUGCAAGAGUAAGUCAAUAUAUGGAUUAUUUCUUAAUAAAUUAAACUGAUAUAUAUGUUAUACAAUUUCAUUGUAUUCUAGGAUUUUUCCUAAACUGAUGAAUUUCGUGGAUUAGUUAAAGUUAGACAUUAACACCGUUGAAUGCCAGUUCAGUGGUCUAGUGUUUAAGAGCUCGCCUGCGAGACUGAUAAGUCCUGGGUGGGAAUCCCAUGAGGCAGGGAUGUAAAGUCACACAAUAGGACGAAACUGUACUUCCACGUUUCCCAUGAUGGUCUAGCUUUAAUUGAUUCAUGAUAUCAACUAUUGAAAUCGAAUUCAUAUGGUAUUGUUUUACUUGAAUCUUCUCAUUGAUAUUUAGGACUACAAUCGACCAGUAUCUUAUUGGCAUAUGUGCAUACUGAGCGUAUUGACUUAAUUGACAAGUAUUAUAAACAAAGAUAGAUGGUGGUUAACAGUCUAAUCCAGGAUGCGCGUUUCGUCCUGUCUGAGGCUCGUCAGCUGGAUGUAGCUGUACCUCAGAGUUGGUGUUCACCCUGGGACUCGAACCCAGUAUCGUUCACUUCAAACGCCAUCACGUUAUCCACUUAGCUACUGAGUCCUGAUAGCUACGUGCUUGUGCGAUGGGGUGAAGUUUUAAUACAAUUCGUAUUGUUUGUUUGAAAGUUGGCGUUUGAAUAGAACGGUACUGGGUUCUAGUCCUGGAGUGAAUAUCAACUUUGUGAUGCAGGUACAUCUAGCCGACCAGUCCUAAAUAGGACGAAAAGCGCGUCAAACUGGAUUCUACUACUGGACACUAUCCAUCUUUGCUUAUAAUGCUUGUAAAUUAAGGAAAUAUCGAGGCAAUCCGCAUAAUAUGCACAUAUGGCAAUAAGAGAUUGAUCAAUUACAAUCCUAAAUAUUAAUGGGAAGAUUCAAGUAAAUAAUAUCAAGUCAAGUUAAACUUCACCCCAUUGCUCAAGCAAAUGGCUAUCACUAGCUAAGUAGAAAAUUCAAUAACGUUUGAAGUGAACGAUACUGGGUUCGAUUCCCGGAUUGCUUAACAACUCGAAUGCAGACACAGCUAGCUAAAGUCCUAAAUAGGAAAAAACGAGCGCUCUGAAUUCUACUGCUAGCCACUUCCCAUUUUUAUUUAUUAAACCACUUUCAAUCCUCAUCAGAUGUACCAAACUAUUAUGUUUCAGAUUUGAAAGCAGUUCUCAUUACACCUUAUAAAAUGAAGUUGAUUAGAAUUUAAUGCAGAAAAUUUUAGUAAUUUACAUAACAAAGAUCCAAAUUCUACAAUCUACUUAACUAAAAGUUUAUUACUAGUUUAACAGAAGCUAACAGUAGAAGAUGAUUCCCUAAGUUCUAAUAAGAAGCUAUAACUAGUAGAUAUUAACCAUGUAAGGUCGCAUGAUAUGGUAAUUUUAUUGAUGUUAAAAAUGUACAUCAUUUAAUCCCAGAAUAGUGAUCUAAAGAUCAAGCUCUUACUGAGAGGUCUGAAGCUGUUGGAUCUUGAUUGCACUAAUAAAGAGUCUCACACUAAACUAGUACCGUUGUUUAGUAUUUUCUGCCUUUCAGCAGUUGUUCAAGCUAGAAUGUGAUGUAAAGUAACAAAGGUAAAAACGAAGAUUGAUUAAGAUGUUUCAGAUAAAUAUCACAUGACAAAGAAUGUGCUGGAAAAUCAAUUAACAUAAAGUCAAACAACCACGUAAGUGAGUUUACUUAGUUAGAUAAUAAGAUAGUUAAGUAAACAUUGAUUAUAACCAUGAAUAAUAUGUGUCAAG